UCGCUUAACCAAUGGCUUGCCUUUCUCAACGUGUACAGCAACCGACAUGGCCGUAACGCAGCCAGCCAAGAACGUCAAGCGGCCCGCGAAGGCCAAGUCCAAGGGCAAGAAGAAGAAAGUGCAGACCAAGUUCGUCAUUGACUGCACCCAUCCUGUCGAGGAUGGCAUCAUGAAAGUGGCAGAAUUCGACAGCUACCUGCGUGAGCGCAUCAAGUACAAUGGCAAGACCAACAAUCUCUCUGGAGUCAUCACAGUGGACAAGGACAAGAGCAAGGUCACUGUUACAGCUGAGGUUCCUUUCUCCAAAAGGUACCUGAAGUACCUUACCAAGAAGUACCUCAAGAAGAACAACCUCCGGGACUGGCUCAGGGUUGUGGCCACCACAAAGGACGCCUUUGAGCUGCGAUACUUCCAGAUCAACAACGAGGAAGAGGAAGACGAUGAGGACAACGACUGAGUUAAAUAAAAGUUGCCCUUACCGUCUGGUGGCCAUCCAGACCAGGCAGGCAAA